AUGACCGUGGACAGCGAAGUCCAGAGCCCGCUCGCCAAGAAGAAGACGCCCGCGAAGGCGCGGUGGACGCCCGUCGCCGCGCCGAAGUGCGUCGCGUGCGAAAAGUCCGUGUUCGAAGCCGAGAAGCUCGUCGCGGAUGGCGUUUGCUUUCACAAGUCGUGCUUCCGCUGCCAGCACUGCAGCAAGGUCCUCACGUUAGGGAACUACGCGUCUCUGAGCGGCAAGAUGUACUGCAAACCCCACUUCAAGCAGCUCUUCGCGACGAAGGGUAACUACGCGGACGCGUUCGGGGUCGCGGACCCGAAGAAGUCGUGGCGCGCGGACGCCGACGGUUCGUCCGACGCCUCCGCGAACGUGCGCACGCUGAAGCACAAAUUCGGAGGCGACGUCUUCUCGUCCCCGUCCGCCGCGGCGUCCACGAAGUGCCCGUGCUGCGCGAAGACCGCGUACGCCGCGGAGUCCUACGACGUCGACGGAAGCAAGUACCACAAAGGCUGCUUCAAGUGCGUCACGUGCGGCGUGUCCUUGUCCAUGGAGACGUUCGUCAGCCAGGGCGCGAAUCUGUACUGCAAGAGGGACGUCCCCGUGAGCGCGUCGCGAGGGGUCAUGUCCAAGGAACUCAUCGACGCCAUGGCCGCGCAGAAGCUCGCCUCGAAGGCGGCGACGAUCACGCCGCUCGACGAGGAGACGAAAGCGAAGGCGUGGGAGAAAGCGAAGAGAGACGCGGAGGAGGUGAACGAGGCGGCUGAAGCGGCGGCGACGCCGAGCGCGCCGCCGGCGGUUUUAGAAAAGGCGAAAAAGAUGGACGAGCUCGCGGACGUCAGGCGCGCGGAGGCGGAGGCGGAGGCGAGGGCGUGGGAGAGAGCGAGAGCGGAGGCGAAGGCGUCUUUCAAGGCGAAGGCGUUGGAGUCCGCCGCGAGGGAGGUCCCGAGCACCCCAACCGAGCCGGUGUUGUCGCCGAACGCGGCGGCGGCGGCGAAUGAGAAGGAGAAGGACGCGCGAAUAGCGGCGGAGUCGGACGCAAAGGCGCGCGUGGAGGCGGAGAUUCUCGCCGCGGCGCGCGCGAAGACGCUCGCGGAGGCGGAGGCGGCGCGCGCGGCCGCGGAGGCGACCGCGGCGAAGGCGAAAGCGGACGCGGAGGUGAUGAAGGCGCGCGCCGCCGCGGAGCUCGCCGCCGCCGCGGGCGUCGAGGUGGAGGCGAAGACGAAGGCGGAGCAAAAAGUGGCGUGGUCGGAGGUUCGCGUCGCCGCGGCGAAGGAUAAGGUCGAGGAGGAGGAGGCGCAGAGGAAGAAAGCGAAGGAAGCGAAGGCUGUCGCCGACGCGGAAGCGAAGGCUAUCGCCGACGCGGAAGCGAAGGCUAUCGCCGACGCGGAAGCGAAGGCUAUCGCCGACGCGGAAGCGAAGGCUGUUGCCGACGCGGAAGCAAAAGCGGCGGCGGAAAUCGCCGAGGCGGAAGCCGCGAAGGCGAUGGUAUCCGAGAAGAUUGGCACCCCGCCGUCGUCCGCGGAGAAAGAGAAGGAGAAGGAAAACCCCGCGAAGCUCGUGAUGUCGCCGUUGAAGACGACUGAGCGCGUCCUCACGCCGAGACGCGCAGGGUUGAGCGCCGCGGCGCCGUUGUCGCCGACGCUGCACAACGCCGUGUACAACACGCCUUCGCCGUGA